AUGAUACAACCACUUGCGGUAGCCAGUGCUACUCCAGGUCAAGUAAAUACCAGUCUGUCGACAAUGAUUUCACUUUCAAUACUCGAUUCUCACGGCAAGGAGAUCUCUAUUCAUACCGAUAAUGAACAUCCAAUUGAAUUCUUUAUUCCUCGAGAUCCUAACUUGAUAGUACCCCGUAUGGCUUUGUAUAAUGUCACAUUGAUACAUGAUGCUAAGCAUCAGUUCUACUUUCAUUUGAUCAAUAUUACACAAUCAAAUGUAAAUUUGACUGUUUCUCUUCACAUCGAAAUGCGUCCUCGUAAUAGAAGUCUGAACUAUUUGAUGAUCUUUAAGUUUGAUGGUCAACCUCAAUUGAACACUCUGAUUAACAACAUUGAUGAUUGGUCUCUAUUGUGCUCUUCAAGUGAGCCUUGCUCUCUUUUUUUCCUGGCUUAUAUUCAAAUUUUAGACAUAUCUGAUGAUGGUAUCCAUAAAUACUUCAUAAAUAAUAAUCGUACUGCUAAACAUCGAUUUGUUAUUAUUGGUUUCCGUGAACUCAACACUACCGAAAUCUGUUCGAAUAAAUCAUCGACUCCACCCAUCACCGAUCAACCAUUCAACUUCUCGUCGGACUACGAACUUCGAACUUUUACUUCUGCAUGCUACUAUCUUGACUCAAAUAAUAAUUGGCAAUCUGAUGAAUUACUAGUUGGAUCAAUGACUGAUCAUUAUCAGACGCAAUGCUUUUCUACUCAUCUGUCCACUUUCACUAGUGGAUACUCGCAUGUACCUAAUCCAGUGCUUCUCUUUAAUGAUCUGUUUGCCCACACUCAGAAUAGUUGUCCUUCUGUUUACCCGGGUGAAGAUAUCGUUAAUGCUAUGACCUUGAGUAAAUCAAAAAAAGUAGAAAAUAUAGAAAUUCGUGCCAAUGACAUACGUGAUAUUGAUAGACACAUAUUAAAUCUAACUUCAGAAAAAGUUAAUGAUAUUAUCCAAUCAUUCGUACAAGUAAUGGAUGGUGUGGCAGAUCAAUCAAAUAUGUGUGAAAAAUUGAAAGUUAUUUAUAAUGAUUGUCCACCAUUGAUAGAUCCAAACGUGAUAUAUGAAUUAUACUAUAAUGAUAGUAAUCUGUUAAAAAAAUCUUUUUUUAUUUUUCUAUCAAUUUUGAUUAAUGACCAUUAUGCUUUUUUUCACCAAAAUACGAUAUUGGACAAUAUUAAUUUAGGUAUAUUGUUACGUUUAACUCAUAAGAAUAAUAUUUUGGACAAAUUCGAGCUGAUCAAGCAUGACCUUUUACAUUUAUCACCAUAUUUUUCACUUAUUUGUACCGUUUUAAUCAAAAUAAUAUCACAUAGAACAAUAGCAACAAAAGAUUUGCACUUAUUUUCAACAGUGUUGCAAGAUGAUAUUAUUAAUAAAACUACUUCAAAUUGGUCAAUAUUAAAAGAUUUCAUUCAACUAUUUCGUAGUAUCUUACAUACUGAAUUCGUUAAAAAUAUUUAUUUUGAAUUAAUCAAUGAUGAACAAGAAUUAACGAAAAGUCAUGAUGGAAUUCGUUUUGAAGAUAUUAUUGAUAAUACAAUUGAAGAGGUUAUUGAAAAACGUGGGUUGGCAUUCGCUAACUUAUCAACAUGUUAUUGUGCUAUUACAUGUUUUAACAGAACAAUAGUUAUAAAUAAAAAUAUUAUCAUAUUAGAAUUAAUCGAUGAUGCAAAACGUUUUACAGACAAUUCAAUAAUGUUUGGAGGAUUAUUAGUGAUCAUGUUACGUGAAUUCUUUCAAGUAUUGCGUCGUACAACUGUAUAA